UCUUAAAACUAACAGCACUAAAAGGCAAAAUGGCGGGAAUUGAUCCAUCAAAAAAUCUCCUUUCUCUAAUCCGUGACUUCGCUUAUGAGAAAUCUCAAGGAGUAAACGAGAGUUUUAUAGUGGAGAGGACAUGUACAGAGAGAAGAGUGGCUAGCUUAACGAAACAAGUCGAAGAGCUUCGAUCACAGUUUGAAGUAGCGAAUUCGGAAUUUAACGAAGCGAAACGUUUGAAAGAAACAACUGAGCAAGAGCUUAAAGGCUUCGAAGUUGAAUUAGCUUUGAACGAAGCUUUGAUUCAAGCAGUAGAGGCCAGGAUUGCUCUGAUUCAAGAUGAAAUAUUCAAAGUUGGAUCUGAAAUAGAGGCGCUUAAGAAUAAAGAAGCAACAUUAAGAGAUGAGUUUAUUACUGAAAUGGUUGAGUUCAAUGAUAAGAUAAGGAAAUUCCAAGAGACAAUAGCUUCUGAUUUUCAGUAUACUGUUGGCAGUACAGCAGAACAAGGCCAUAUAUUUGUAAAGAAGGAAGUUACUGCAAUUGGUGCAAGAACUGUUGAGGAUCAGUUUGCCCAUAUUGUUUCUCAAAUAACUAAAGAACAGGAAGAAUACCUUGCAGAACAGAACAUCCAAAAGCAGGUUCAACUGGAGUUGGUUGACAUUGAAAGGAAGGCAUGUCUGAUUGAGGCAUUGAUGCAACAAGCAAAAGCAUUAGAAGAGUUGACAAGGCAGACUUCUGAACUGGAAAAGAUAUGUGCUUUCCUUGGUGAGGAGUUACAGAAGAGAUGUAUAUGUCCCAGUUGCCUUCUGGAAAAUGUGGAGACCUUGGCUAAAGUUCUUCAGGAAAGUGAGGCAAACUGAUCUGUUGUAAGUCUUUUACAUGCUGACGUUUCACCCACGGUGUUGAUGUUAUCAAAUAAAACUUGAACGAGAACUUUUGGAACUAUACAAUAAUGGAACUUGAUUAUAUAGUAUGGCCACAAUUGGCGCCCUGAAGUCAAAAUAAGGGAUAAAGACAUAGUACCUCCUAUUCAGUGCAGAAGGUAAGAAACAAUUUGCCCAUAGUUUGAAGUGUUUUUACAUGCCAAAAUUUUAUAAAUAUCCAUUUCUGCUUCUUGUUGACAACAUUUAAAUAGAAAAAUGCCAAUGUUCUUCUCUUUUAAAAAUCUCUUAUCAUACUGAAUAAGAGGUUUCAUGUAUCUCAGUUCUCAAUCAAUGUUCAAUUCUUGAUCGAUUCUACUUACAUUUAUUGAAUUAUAAACACUAGUUUUCGCAUGUGGAUCUAACUCAUAACCAAGUCAUUAACCUUGUCCCAAAAAAAAAAA